AUUCCUCAGAGUUCCUUGCAGGAGCUGCAGAGAGUCAUGAUGGCGCUCCUGAUAAUUCAUGGGCCCACCUUUACAGGACAAGCUUUUUAUUUCUGUCGGAUCAUAAGGUUCGCGCGUGUCGUCAUGGACCACCGCCGCAUGUCAGCUAUAAAGAGAGGGAUUCCUCCUCUUGCGCAGUCAGCCUCUAUCCCAAAGCCCCAAUCCCUUUUUGCAUAAAAACCAUUUUCAAAGCACAGAGUUACACAGCCCGCAGACACAAUGAGUACAAUCACUCCUUCAACCUCAAGCUUCGCAAUCGCCCAAGCUGUAGGCCUAACUGGCGCAGCCUGGCUAUCCGGAAACAUCUUCUCCCUCAGCCUGAUGGGGAUUCCGCCAUUGAUCGAAGCGCACCACAGGGAAAAGAUCCCGCUCUCGACCACCGUCAAGCAAUGGCGCACCAUCUACACGUACGGCGCCCAGCGCGCGCCACUCAUCGCCCUCAGCACCGCCUCCACCUUUCUGUACCUGGCGUGGGGCGUGCGCGAGAGCACCCCGCUGAGCCUGAUCACCGCCCGCCACAGCUCCAAGGUCUACUGCGCCGCCGCGGCGCUGGUGCUGGGCAUCGUGCCGUUCACGCUGACGUUCAUGAAGAAGACCAAUGACCGCUUGACGCAGUGGGCACGCCACGAGUCUGAGUGGACCGCCGACGCCGACGCCGAGGUCGAGGGCUUGCUGUGGAAGUGGACGUGGCUGAAUGCCGCCCGGUCGCUGUUCCCUCUGCUGGGUGGGUUGGUGGGUUUGGGUGUUUUUGCUUGAUUACUGUCUUUGGGUGGCAUUGGGAUUGUGGACUGGGAUGUAACCGGUUAAAUGUGCAUUUGUUAUAAUUAUUUGGAGUUAGAUCGCAUUUGGUUGUUCGAGAAAUGCGGCAUUACUUUUGCUAGAGGCAGACUGAUAAGCUUUGUGAUAAGAGUUUAGUACAAUCUCGCUUAUCGCAGCACCCGAUGAGCUUCUCAUGCUUAGUGCCUCGUUGCCUUAUUUGGACAAUUUAAGGUUUAUGAAAAUGUGCAGAGCACAUAAUGCCUCUGAUCAAGGUUGCCCAGGCCUUGCGGAGAUUCUGAGAAUGUGAUCCGAGAUUGCAUUCUGGUUCUUCUUGUCAUGUCAUGAAUGAGAUCCUGCCUUCUUGAGAAAAGAAUUUCCAAUCCUUGGUCUCUCAGUCAUACUAGUUUC